CCUAAGUUUGACGAACAUCCUUUAUAUUGCAACUCUGUAUGUAAGACAGAAGGUCUCGUUUAAAAGCAGGUCAAAUCCGACUUUGGAUAUUGAAGCUCAAAAUGGAUAAAGACCCUUCUUCAUCAAAACCUGGACGCUCUCGUGGCCGUCCACGGAAAGCUUCAAAAGAUGACUCACGAGAAGAAAAGCGAGCCAAAGGACGCCUCGCCCAGCGUACCUACAUGCAGCGCAAACAAGCCGAAAAUGACAAACUGCGCAAUCGAAUCUCAUCUCUCGAAGAUGCUAUUGAAGAGAUGAGCGACGAGUUUCUAAAAUUUGGGGAACAUGUUGUCAAAUCCGAGGAAGUCCCACCAGGUCUAAGGAGAAGCGACAUGAGUGAGAGAAGCGAGACCUUGGAUCAUUUGAGAGACUCCACGAAGAGGUUUUUGAGUAUUGCGAGGGUUGCUGAGAAGGUUGCUGGGGAUGAUGGGGAGGAUGAUGGAGAGUACGAGAGGGUGAGAACUGGAUUGCUAGGUGUCUCCGCGGAAGCUGGACCGGGACCUGGGUUUCCAAAGGGAGUCGCGGGAGAAGCAUCAUCGUCGAAAUCGCCAUUUCCUAUGUCGUCAAACGUGCGCAACCAAACGCCUGUACAAAUGAGCACCAUAUUCCCACAAUUCAACUCGGCAUCCUUUCCUCACCUGAACAUGUCUCAACAAAUCCAACCCAACACUGGCCGAUUUAGUCCACGAUUAGGCUACGGACUCCUCAACACUUCACCCCUUCGAAACACUCUCCCCAGCCUCUGGACACACUACAUUAUCUCCGGCCCCUCAUCCUUCGCCCUCCGUCUCUACACCGACACCAUCCUCCUUAUGUUCCGCGCCCUGCGCGGGGAAGUUUCCAUCCCGGGCUUUAUACCCAGCAUCGCACGCUUCAGAUUCAAAUACGAGACCCCAGACACAUUCAUGUCCUUAGCAGAAGGCCAAUUAUCACGAAUGAGCAUCUCAGAUUCCGAUCCAAGUUUAGAGACGGGAGCGAAACCGACCCAGAAAUAUGCAGCUGCUUUUCAAAAUGAGGCUAGUGCUGGUGUUGGUACGGAUAGCAGCGUGGUGCUGUUCGGGCCAUCACAUCCUGUUAUGUCGGCGCCGCUGAGAGCAAAGAUACAUAGUGCAGUCAACUAUGAGAUUGGAUCCAUGUCUGAGUGGCUCGAUCCGUGGAAUACGCAGCAGUAUCUGCUAAGUAGGUGGGGACUGCGUUGUUCAUAUGUGACGGCGAGUAUCCCUGCGGAACGGUGGACGGCUGUGCACUCUCCAACAUCCAAGAAUUUUGCGAACGACACGAUGUCGCCGAUGUUACCGGAGACUGGCCUGCAGGAUGUGCAUAUUUGGGAUGCUCAAAAUCAGCAGCAGGGGGUUGAUGUCGGUGGGUUCUUUGAAGACGUGAGCUUUCAAAGGCAAGCGCCGAGCCCGCCCGACUUUGUUUUCAAUUCGCAGCCGCUAGCCGAGAAGUUGAUCCAGGAAGCGGUUUGUUUUGGCGAGGGCCCGAGGUUCUUCAAACAGCAUAUCGAUGAUGCAGUUCAACAGUUCCUAGGCGUGCUUCCUAGCAUCAACUGA